UAGGGUAAAAUUUGAGCAAAUAAUUAAUAAAAAAAAGAUAUUCCGGUGUACUCAUAUCAUAUGUAUAUGGCAAUCUAUCUUCAUAUUACAUAUAUCUCAGCUGCUUCUGCCGCCUCAGAUCUCUUAUAACAUCCCCCGAUUCAUACAUACAUAUCAUCUUUCCGAUUCAAUUCAAUCAGGUUUUUUUUCGAGUAAUAAGGAAGUGGGGUUUUGGUUUUGGUGGUAAGGAUGGCGGAUGUGGAAGACCAUGGUGAUGACGAUUUGUUGGGUUUGGAGGAGACUGUUGUUUUGGCGACGGAUAAUUUGGGUUUGACUGAGUUUGUUGAUGGAGACCAAGUUGUAGAUGAAAUUGAGGAGAAUAAUGGUGGCCGAGUUGUCGGUGAAAAUGAGGAGUAUAUUGGCGACCGAGUUGUGGGUGAAAAUGAGGGGAAUAACCGGGACCAAAUCGUGGCUGAAAAUGAGGAGAAUAAUGGGGACCUAAUUGUGGCUGAAAAUGAGGAGAAUAAUGGCGACCAAGUUAUGGGUGAAAAUGAGGAGAAAAGUGGCAACCAUUUAGUGCUUAUUGAAGAGGGAGGAAAAGGUAAAGAAGUGGAGGAAGAUCCGGUGGAGGAGGAAGUACUUGCUGAAGAAGGAAAAGAUGGUGAAGUAGUUGGUAAGGAUGAGAAAAAGAGUGAAGAAAAUGGAGUGAUGGCAGUAGAAAAGAAUGGAGGUUUAGAAACCGAAGCUGAUAAAACUGGAGAGGAAGCUUUAGAAAAGGAUGUGGAAGGUGUCAAAAAAGAAGCUGCUGCUGAUGCUAAAGGCGCAGAAAAUAGUGAAAAGAAAGUAGAUGAGAACUCACCCCAGAAGGGGAGAAAGCCGAAGAAACGUAUCAGAAAGAAGAAAGGUGCGCAAGGGGUUUUAAAGGCAGUAAGCAAAGAUGAAGAGAAGCCAGAGUCCUCUGCACAGAAAAAGGUUGUGAAGACGGUUGUAAGCAAAAAUGAAGAUAAGCCAGAGACUUCGGGAAAGAAAAAGAAGUCAAAGAAGGUGGAAAGUAUGGGGAUGAUUUUUAUGUGCACCUCACAGACUAAAAAGGAUUGUUACCGUUACAAGUUGCUUGGACUACCUGCUGGAAAGAAAGAACUCGUAGAAAAGAUUUAUAAAGGAAUGCGACUAUUUUUGUUUGAUUUGGAUCUGAGGUUGCUGUAUGGGAUAUACAAAGCUGCAGCACCUGGUGGUACUAACAUUGAACCAAAGGCUUUUAAGUCUGCCUUCCCGUCUCAGGUUCGAUUUACUGUUUUGGAAGACUGCUUGCCAUUAGCUGAAGAAAAAUUCAAGGAGGCCAUCAAAGAGAAUUACUAUUCUAGGAAUAAAUUUGAUUGUCAACUGAAUUCUGAACAGGUGAAAAGGUUGUGCAAGCUCUUUGUUUCUGUUAGCAAAGGCUCUGCUCUCCAGAAGAUCAAUAGAAGUCCUGUAGUAGGACGUGCAUCUGAGGGUCUGAAGCAGCAGCCCCGUGAUGAAAAGAGGGGUUUGCAAAGAGGACGUGCACCUGAUGGUCUGAAGCAGCAGAGCCGUGAUGAAAAGAGGGGUCGCAAACGGCGGGAUCGUGAUGAAGGGAGUAGUCGCAAACAGCGAGAUGAAGAGCGAGGUCGUAAACGUCGUGGUCGACGUGAAGAGAGAAAAUCUCCACCUAGACAGGAGCAAAGACACCAUGAGCGUCCCGUUAUGUAUGCCAAUGAAGUUUCCUACUCACAAGUAGCACCGCUGCACGGGGGUUACCAGUUACCUGCUCCAGUAUAUGCUUAUGAGAGAACCUUGGACUCGAACUCUUACAGACGGGAACCAGUAUUAGAGCAUCGCGGUCUUCAGAUUGUAGAUCGGGCACCAAGGCAUUAUGACGAGACUAAAAACAUCGAUCCCUAUAUAUCAUAUAGAGAAAGAGAAGCUCCUUCAUAUCGUAGACCAAUUUAUUCUUCAGUCUCAGAGCGAGAGUAUUAUACUCCUGCAGUCUUGCCUGCUGCAUAUCUUCCUGCAGGAAGAAAUUCUGAGCGCCAGACUACCUCUGGUCUACGAGAUUAUUAUCAACCAGGAACUUUACCUUCUGAGUACCUUCCCUCGCGCAGAGAGAUUGAGUACCUUCCCUCGCGAAGAGAGGUUGAGUACCGUACUACUGCAGAACUCCCAGCAGAGUAUCAUUCUACUAGAGCCUUGCCGGCGGAGUAUCAUGCAUCAAGGAGUUUACUAGCAGAGUAUCGUGCUGCAGGAUUACCAACUGAAGACCUUGCUCCGGCAAGCGCCUCAAAUGGAUACCAUCAGGCACGUCCUGCAAUGGAGUAUCGUUCUUCUGGAGGUGGAUUGCGUGAUUACCAUUCUCUGCAAACCACAGCUCGGUAUAGGUAGUUGUAUAGAGUCCAGUUUCUGAAUCAGUUGAAUUCUCCGUUCCUACAGGAAGAUUAUGGUUGAGCGGACAAUAUAUCCCAAGUCAUGUUUAGCAGCUUGUAUUCCUUUUAACAUGCUUCUUUGCAACUUGUCCUGAAAUCUUCUGGCGUCGAGCAUGCUAUCGCCUCAAUAACUUAUAGUUCUAUUCUCAAUCCCUUAUUUUUUUUUCUUCUUUUAAUUGGAUACUGCGCCGUCUUCUGGCAUACUUGUUGGGAAACCUGUCCUGGAGAGGGUUGGCCUUCAAAUAACAUGGCAAUUGAUCCUUCAGUUUCA